UUCUAUUCUACUCACUCUCUUGGCUACUCACUCCUUAGCUCAGCAAACUCACUACGUAUUCAAUUUAUUUCCACAGGACGACUUCAUCGAUGACGACGAAGGGCUGCAGCGCAAGCAUCGCAUCGAUACGACACUACAAAUACAUUUAUUCGGCAAGAAAGGCAAUCAGGAUCUCAACUACGAUGGCUUCCACAAGUUCAUGGAUAAUUUGCAAACAGAAGUGCUGGAAUUGGAGUUCAGUGAAUUCUCAAAGGGUAAUGUCGCCAUCACCGAGAACGAUUUUGCCAAAAUUUUGCUGCGUUACACCUACCUCAAUACGGAAGAGUACGAUGCCUAUUUGGAGCGUCUAAUGGAUCGCAUUAAGGUGCAGCGUGGCAUAACAUUCGAAGAAUUUCGUGACUUUUGUCGUUUCCUCAACAAUCUGGAAGAUUUUGCAAUCGCUAUGCGCAUGUAUACGCUGGCUGAUCGUGCUAUCUCGCAGAGUGAAUUCUCGCGCGCUGUAAAAAUCUGCACUGGUUUCAAGCUUAGCAAACAUCUGAUCGAUACAGUUUUCGCAAUUUUCGAUGACAAUGGUGACGGUAUGCUGUCGUACAGAGAAUUUAUAGCGAUCAUGAAGGAUCGUGUACAUCGUGGCUUUAAAGUAAGUCAUCACAAAGUGCUUGAAUACAAUGUUGCUAACGAUGAAUUAGUCGAAGCGGCGAAUCCUAUGUUUGCAUUGUGGCGCCAACGCGCCUGUCGCCACUUAGAUCACUUCAAAGACUGCGAUUUUUUCAAUAAUUUUUGAAGGCAAAAAAUAUUUUUUUUGCUUUGAUUUUUAUUUUGAAUUAAGUCAAAGAAGCAAUUCAAUGGAGAUCAAUAUGAUUUAUGUAGUUUAUAAUAAGUUUAGUUUUUCAUAAUGACUUUAUGCUCGAACCAUCCGCCAUCGAAUACUUGUGCACGACAAUUUCUGUACAAAUUAUCUUUAUUUUGCUCCCUUUUUUAAUUUAUAUUAACUUUGUUAUUUUAAUACAUUUUUUUUUUUAAUAUUUUGUCCACAUGUUUGUUCUAAUUGCGUUGUUCAACCAUUAACAUCUUUGUAAUUUCAAAACUUAAAAUGCUCUCAAUUCGUGAAAUCAGCAAUACAUUUACGGUUUAAGUGCACUUUCAUAAUUACUAUUAAUACACAUUUUUAAUCAUCAUUUAUAGCAUUGCAUUAUUCUAACAAUUUUUCUAAGUUUAAUAUAUUCAAUUUCAUUUAAUUGUUCAAAAAUAUCGUUAUAACAAAUAUAAUUUUCUAUAGAAUUAACUGUCUUGACUUUUUAAGCUGUACUCGUAAAUAAACUUGAAUUUUUUGCUGAUUUCACAGGCAUUUAAUAAAUUUGUUAGCGGCUAAUAGCAUUCCACGUUUUUUAUAUUCAUUAUGUUUCCUGUUUAUUCUGUUCAUUAUUAAUUAAUACAAA